UGGUUACUGCAUACAUGUUCAAAAAGGAGAACACUUUAACCUUUUUAAUUGUGAAGUUGUGAGUCCCAUAUGCAAUGCCUCUAUGAUCCCACUACUUAUUUAUUUAUUUUUUCUUCUGCAGAUCAGGUUUCUUGUUUUGGUGGCACCAUGAGUUGGAACUUCUUGACUAGCUUGCUUGAUGAGAUCUCCCACCAUUCCACUUUUGUGGGAAAGAUUUGGCUCACACUCCUCAUUAUCUUCCGAAUUGUUCUGACAGUGGUGGGCGGUGAGAAAAUCUAUCAAGAUGAACAGGAAAAGUUUGUAUGCAAUACUGCACAACCCGGUUGUAAUAAUGUAUGCUAUGAUGCAUUUGCCCCUCUAUCACACAUCCGAUUCUGGGUUUUUCAAAUCAUUAUGAUCACCGCACCGUCCAUUAUAUACCUCGGCUUUGCCAUGCACAAAAUUGCUCGAAUGGCUGAUGACGAAUACCGACCACGUAAGCACAAACUUUCUAUGGUUCAUCGAGGACUGAGUCGUGGCUAUGACGAGGCUGACGAAAUGGAUGAUGAAGUUCCCAUGAUCUUGGAGGAGAUUGUGCCCUCUAAAAAGCAUAGUAAAGCGGUAGCUGCAGCCAAGUCUGCCACUGCAUCCAAUGCUACGUCUACGAAGCAUGACGGCCGUCGUCGCAUCAAGAAAGAUGGUCUUAUGAAGGUGUAUGUGCUACAGUUGAUCUCUCGUGUAGCGUUUGAGAUGGCCUUCCUUUUUGGCCAGUAUGUUUUGUAUGGUUUUGAAGUUGCGCCAUCCUACAUUUGCACCCGAAGCCCAUGCCCACACACCGUGGACUGCUUUGUCUCACGUCCCACUGAAAAGACCAUCUUCCUGGUCCUCAUGUAUGUUGUCAGUAUACUCUGCCUGGUGCUGACUGUGCUGGAAAUCCUUCAUCUGGCAAUUGGUGGUGUGAAGGACACUCUCCGUAGUCGAUCGGCUCGGAGGCCUCCCAUACACAGGUCAUCCACAUCCACUAUCUGUCACCGCCCUGCUAGUGCACCCCCGAGAUAUCAGGCUGUCCUGAAAAAGGACUCCACUAGCAAGCUUAAGGCUGAGGUCCUGGAAGAGUCGGGACGGGAGUCAUUGGGUGAUGACAACACUGGUCGUGAUAUAGAGCGUCUACGGAGACACCUGAAAAUGGCACAGCGACAUCUGGAACAGGCCUACCACUCUGAGGAUGUAGGUCCAGACUCUAACAGCGCUGCCGUUGAGCAAAACCGACUCAACCUAGCUCAGGAGGGCUAUGUCAGCUCUAAGGAAAAAGAGGGUCAUGCUUGAAGAGACUAAUGCCUUUCCAUCAAACAAACCAACUCCAGGCUGAGAUGCAAAUUUUGGUGGGCAGUCGUUGACAAGAUUUUGUGUGUUUUUCCUGUUCAUCUGGCAUUGAAUGGAUAAACUCAAAGCUCAGAAACAAAUAAUGGAGAGCAAUUAUUGACAAGAUUUUGUGUGCUCCUCUAAAUGCAUAUCAGAAGAAGUGUUACUUUGAGUAUUAAAACCAUAUAGCUGCCAAAUUUAAAGACUAGAGAAACACCAGCUCUUAAAAUCCACACUACUGUACCUUUCUUUUCAAAGAAAUUAUAUUUGCUCAUAUUGAAAGAACAGCAUGACAACAAAGACGCAUUCCCUGUGUUGUUGGAGAUAUUUGUAUGUAUUGUUCAUUAUUAUCAGUUUUAGCACAUCAGUAUUAAUUGAAGCAUUUAGCCAAAAUUCACAGACCAUCGAGUUCAGAUUAUUAUAAUGAAAUGAAAGAUGUGUCUUCGUCCGAAAAACAGAAGUGCUUGUGUUUUAUGUUAUGUUGGUUUUUGAUUGGAGUACUGUCUUCCUGUGUGGCCUAAUAUUUUUGGAACAUUGUCCUAUAUGUAAAUAUCGUAGGUUGAGGGAAACCCUUUUUCUAUUAGAAGCAAGGGCACAAUAAAGGUGUUCUUUUUUUCUUGUUGAUAUGCAUUUUGAGGAUUUUGCAUUUAGAACUUUUGAAUGAAAUUAUUGCAACACAUCUGACCAGAUUUUGAAAAAACAUAAAGAACCUGGAAAUUGCUUGAAUUGUUUAUUAAAAGGUUUCAUGUCCUGUAUUACUGUAAAAUAAUAAUGAAUGAAUGAAUAAAAUUAAUAUAAUUUAUGCAACAUGCAACUGCAUUACUUUUAGUACGGAACAUACGGUAUCUGUGGUUUACAUUGGAUUUAUGGGAAACUGGAAUUCAGAUUUUGCAAUGACAUUAUAUAGACGCACACUAUUUGUGUCUUUGGUAAAGUAUAUAUAUUUGGCACAUCUUAUGAAAUGAGUAGAAAAAAUGUUUGAAAUGUAGACUCAUGUGAGAUGAAGGCUCAUAAUUAUUAUUGUUUGAUAAAUUAUUUUAGUUUUCCCUCAUUUGUAUGUCACUUUACAUACAAACAUAAUGAAUAAAUGUUAUGUAAAUGACUCCAGUUGUGCCAGUGGCCUAUAGGAAUACCUGUUAAUACCUGUAUUUAAUGGAUGCCUCUAUCAGUGGCUGCCAUGUUGAUAUUAGACAUUCGAAUCCAAAUCCAUGGUUAUAUCAGUGACAUACAACAUUGUUUAAUGCCCCUUUAAAAAUAAAUGUGUCAUUUGUUUCUUACCUUCAGCAUUUGACCUUUUUAUUUUAAUCAGAAUGUUGUAGUCUUAUAAGAGUGUGAUGGUACAACUGCUAAAAAUCUGGCCGGGUAAGCCAAAGGUCCUGUAUUUAAAUUGUAGAACAGAUAUCCCUUUUCACUGUGCCUCUGAGCAAACCUAAAUGCUUUUUGGAACUAUUCAUGUAGUUUGUAGCUUGUUUUAAAGUAUCUGCUAAAUAAUCAACAGCAUUUAACACAUUACACUUUAUGUAUUCCUCUGAACAUCAUUUUGAGAUUCAUUAUUAAUCAUCAACACAUUUGAAUGAUGGCCUAGAGCAAAAAUAUGUAGUGU